GUUGUUCUUUUUGCGAAAGGAGAUUGGGAACCAAGGUCUGGAAUUUGAAGGUCUCGAGGGGUUGGGUGUCAAGUGCUAUCCAAUAUGGCGCUUGAAAGUUGUUGGACAUUCCUUUCAAUUUUUUUAGUUGUGAUAUUGCAUGCGAUAUUUUGUGAUGUGGUAGUUGAACAAAGUGGAUAUGUAAGCUAUACCCAAAAAGAAACUAGUAGUCCAUUAACCAGAUUUCAAGUGCAGUUCAAAACAAUGGAUAGUAGAGGCAUAAUUCUUCAUGCAAAGAGUUCUUCAGAUUUUUUAACACUGGAGCUGGUUGGUGGAAAGCUAAGGUAUGCUGCUGACUUUGGUAAAACGUAUGAUAGUUAUGGUGAAGUAUCAUCUGGAUUUCAUGAACUGUUUGUUGGACAAGGGUUAGCAGAUAAUGAAUGGCAUAAUGUUGUUUUGAUUCACAAUGAAGAGAAGCAGAAAGUUUACAUUAGCAUAGACAAUCUUAAGGAAUCAGAAUACAAUGCAACUAGGACUUUGGCACCUGGAACUGCAAAGUUUACCAUAGAGUAUAUUCACAUUGGAGGAAUGAAAUUUCAUGACACAAUUUCAGUAAAAGAAAGCUUGACGAGAAGAGGCUUAAAAGCUUGCUUUACAAAUUCUUCUAUCAACGAUAGGAGUGUUCUUGAUGGUGAUCAUGUCACGUUAGUCAAAGCAGUUAGAGGAUCAUGCCCUUUUGUUAGGCAUUUCAAUUCAGUUGAUUUUCCAAUGAAUGGAUCAUAUGUUUCCUACAAUUUCACCAGCUCAGAAAUGUCUGUGGAGUUUAGCUUUAGAACCAUUCUCACUAAUCAAAAGCUGUUUUACACAUCACAAAAAAGUGCUUUGAGUCAAUUCAUUGAUGUAGAUAUUGAUGCUGAGGGAAAAGUAACUAUGACUUAUGGUAACUUUGCUCUGAAGUCCUCAUCCUUGGGUUUGAAUGACGGUUUCUGGCAUGAAGUUAAAUUGUCAUUUUCAUCAUCUUUGAUGCUUGAGCUGACUGUAGAUAGGCAAGUGGCUAGUGUUAGGGCCAAGCAAGCUUUGAAGAUUAAAGACAAAGUCUUUUUUGGGCCAAAUUAUGCAGGCUGUAUGAAAAAUAUCAUGGUUAAUGGAAAGAAACUGGUAAUAUCUGACUUUGACAAAUAUGAAGCAAAAUCUGUAGCGAACUUAAAAGGUUCUUUAAGACCAACUUUUGGUAGAUGCUCUUUAAACGAACUCUGUGUUCCAAACCCCUGUCUUCAUGGUGGAAAGUGUCAACAAAAGACUGAAGUCUUGUUUUCAUGUAACUGCGCCAACACAGGCUAUUCAGGGAGUGUCUGUAACAAGCCCGGGUUUGGUAGAUCAUGUGCAGCACUGAAAGCACAUGCAAAAGGAACUGUGACUAGUGGCAUGACACAGAUUGAUGUUGAUGGAGCUGGUCCUCUUCCUGCAACAACAGUUGAAUGCAUCUAUGAUCAUAAUAAAGUCACAACAAAUGUCUACCCAAAAAUUGCUAGUGAUUUAGCUGUAGAAAAUCGUUUUGGGAUGAAAAGCAUAUUUGUACCAUAUAAUGCAGACCUUAGAAGUUUGGUUUCUAUAACACAGGAGAGUCUCGAGUGUCAGCAACAUGUCAAAUUUGUGUGUACAAAAUCCAGUUUAUAUGACUCGCCAAAUGGGCAGCCGAAGGUACGUUGGCUAGGACCAAAGAACUACUUUCACUACUACUGGGGAGGCUCCAAGGGCAAAACUAAUCAUUGUCGCUGUGGCAUUUACAAUAAUUGCACUGAUACUUCCAAGUACUGCAAUUGUGAUGCACGUUCCGAGAAGGAAGCCACAGACGAAGGUUUUCUUACCAACAAAAAACAUUUACCAAUGAAGAAAAUUGAGUUCCUGGAUGUCAACAGUAAUGCUGGAUCGAAAGGUCGUUUUUCUUUAGGUCCUUUAAGCUGCAGUGGUGAUGCAUCUACAGAUAAUGCGGUUUCAUUUCGCGAUGCGAUGGCCUUUCUUCAAGUAAAACCCAUCUCAGCAACUGACUACAACAACGCAAUAGACGCGCUUACGGUUUCGUUCAAUUUCAAAACAGUAAAAGCUGAAGGAAUUAUGUUUUAUGGCAAAGGCCGUACAUCAAAUGAUUACAUUAUGGUACAGAUUGCUAGCAAGAAACGAUUGCGAGGAGAGAUCAACCUUGGAUCCCAAGCAGACUUUGUUGAUAUAGAUAUUUCUGGUAACUUCGAUGAUAACAAGGCUCAUUCAGUUUUUUUAGAAUUCAACAGAAAAGAGCUUAAGCUUACAGUUGAUGGGAUCACAAAAUCAGUGCAGCGUAACCCCCUGUCUAUGAGUCAUUUAGAUCUAGCGGGAGAUCCAAUGUACCUCGGAGGUGGCUUCGAUGUUUCCCAAGGUUUCACUGGUUGCAUUUUUGGACUGUUCCUCAACGGAAUGAUGAUUGACAUCAAGGCAACGGCAAAGUAUCUGCAGAACUACGGGGUGCAUGCUGGUUGUGGAAUCGGUUGCAACAGGCUGUCUGCUGCUCCUUGCAAUUAUGGCAAAUGUAUUGAGAGAUAUACCUCUUUUCAGUGCGAUUGCUCGCUUUCACCAUUUGAUGGAAAAUUUUGUCACAAAGAGUCAUAUCCUCUUCAUUUCAAGAAUGGGAGCAGUCUUAUGUACACAUUUGUUAAGCCCGUUCAGAUAAUGGAGGGAGAAGCAGUGCUUGCUUUCAAGACUACUAGCAGUGAUGCACUUUUGUUUAGUAUUCAUGGUGACAAGCCGAAUUGCCAUUUGUCACUGGUUCUCAAAGAUGGCAGCCUUGAAGUUUCCUUCAAUUUUGACACUACUUCUUCAUCGAGCAAAGUCAUCAAGGUUCAUUCAACGACAGAGAAAGGGAGAUUUGACGACGGGAAGAUUCACAAUGUCAGGGUGUUCCAUAAUGCCAAAAAGGUUACGGUAGAGGUGCUUGAUAGAAUAUCGGAGAAACGAAAGGAAGUCGCCAGCACUAAUGGCGAUUUGCUUGAUGGGGUCAAGAUUUCAAUAGGUCGUAUAAAACCACCUUUGCCCUCUACCUUGGGAUCAGUAAAGACUUUUAUUGGUUGUAUGUCUGCUUUCAAGUAUAGGUAUCUUGCGAACAUGGCAUCAAAACCGGUAUUAGUCGAUGUAUUCGCUUUAUAUGGGAAAAUGGAUCCGUCUAUUGGUGGAAGUGCAUUUCCAGGCGCUUGUGGAAAAGCUUUACCCACGCCGAAGCCUCUUCCGUAUCUUUUUGGACGGCCAACACAAUCAACAGCUACACUACGACCUUUUCCUCGAUUUUACAAGGUAGAACGCGAUCUAUCGCCAAUAAUUAUUGGCGUUGCCUGUGGAUUCGCCUUUUUGCUACUUGUUAUUUUAAUCCUGUUCUGCAAGCACAUCAACCGCAAUAUUGGCGCUUACAAGACAAACGAAGACAGAAGGCCGUUGUCUACUGAUGCGGAGACGACGUUUACACCACCUCCCGAUAGUAUGGAUGGUCCAAAUGGACAAGAUAAUGCGGCAAAAUCAAGUGCCAAGGGUACAAAAAAGCAGGAGUAUUACGUUUAGGCCUUUUUUUAAUUCUAACUGCAAGGCAGAAGCUGUGAAUGCUGCUGGUAGAAAUUUCAGCCGCCUAGGCGAAAUGAGAAUCAGUCCUGAAGAGACACGGCUGAUGUCGUUCGCGAAACAAUAACCCUUAACGGGUUUAUAAGACUUUGAUAAAGAAAGCUAUGUUGUCGUUGUAAUUAGUUGGUCAAAGCUUGAUUAUAUAUAAAUAAGCACUUUUAACUUAGUGCCUGUAAUGACUAUUUACUUGUCGUAAUGCUUGAUAAUUUUACUUGUCGUAAUGCUUCUGGUAAUCGCGUAAAGCCCAUAGUGCUUACUGGGGUAGAUCUUUUAAACUUUUUCUAAGAAAUAAGACGGUAGUUUCGCUUCUCGUAAUGCUUCUGGUAAUUGCGUAAAGCCUUUAGUGCUUACUGGGCUAGAUCUUUUAAACUUUUUCUAAGAAAUAAGACGGUAGUUUCGCUUCUCGUAAUGCUUCUGGUAAUCGCGUAAAGCCUAUAGUGCUUACUGGGGUAGAUCUUUUCAACUUUUGCCAAGUACUUUUUUGUUAAUGUUAUACAGAUACAGAAGCUGACAUAUUUUUUAAAAAUCCUGCUGGACCCGGUAAAGACUGGCACCCUAAGAAAGAAGUAAUAUUGAAUUUGGUAAAAGCUCAAGGAAACUGUAAGUAGCCCCUAGACUUAAAGUAAAGCGCUAAAAGGGUGCCUUUCGAAGAAGCUACUAGAAAAGUUUCUUACCACAGUUGUGUGUGUUUCGAAAAAGCAUGUGUUUUCUUGAGAUGUGAAAUUUUGUAAACAGUUGACGUUUUUUAACGGUUUAACAUAAAAAGCAAACACGACUGAAAAGAGAGUCUUUGAUAAAUAGUGUAAUUGUGAAAUAAACUGAGUAGCUCUGCCUGGAUAACUGCGUUGUUUUGCAGAUUUUUUAUCUUUUAUAAAAUAAGUAUUUCAAUAACGUCUUAUUUUUGCACGGUGCAUAAUUGAUCCAUGUGAAGUAAAGUUUUAUUUCUGAUAAUUUCCCUAGAUGCUAGAUGGUUUUGUGUAAUUUAAUUGACGAAUACGUUAA